GCUAUCGGCUUUCUUCACUCGAAUCCCAGCGGGAGGAAGAAGAGGGGCAGAAAGAAGCCCCGGGGGACAGAAGCCUUCCUCCAACAGAUCACUCUGAAAGAACCAAGCCAGAACCUUUCCACCGCAGUCAGGGAUCUGUGUCUUCUGCACCAGCUGUUGUAGAACGAGCGAGAACGUCUCACUGUGACAGCCUACAGGAGAGCAGGCAACCAGAGAUUCCCAUUGUCUCAACAGAACCUCUGUCCAACAAUCACUGGUUUCCAGGUCCUUCAGUAGUUUUCACUCCUCAGUCACGCUGGUCUGCAAGUGUCCAAGUCGUCUCUCAGCCUCCACCAUCCUACGAUCAGGUGAUCCAAGAGAAGAACCAGAAGGAGCACAUUACCAAGCCCACUGCAGCCCCUCGCAGGUCCACCUGCACAACUACAAGUGCUACCCAGACCGACCAACCCUGCACAGCAGCUUCACCGCCAGCUCUGAAAAAAUCUGCAAGUAAAAAGCCACAAAAACCUCCCAGGCUCUCACUGUCAAAAGCAGCGAAUAGAAAACCUGUAAUAGAAACAGUCGGAGAAGCUACAGCAAACGUGUCAGUAGUCACUGACCCAGAGGACCAGAGGGGCACCAAGCGAGACCUAGAAGAGCUUGAAAAGGCAGAUUCCUCGCACACACACAGAAAAUCUAUUACAGUUUUCUGGCAAAUCCCAAAAAAACAUUUUCCUGCUGCAACCACUGAAACUGCUGCUUCAACUUCAGAAAACCGUCAGCGACCUAUCCCCCGUCCUCGCACAAAAUCCCAGAAGCAGACAACAAAAGCAGAAAUCAAAGUUUUGCCUGAGGCGAGUCCAUCCAGUGACAUUACACAGCCGGAUUCACUAGAUGUCUUUACGAAAAAAUUGUCAGAUGAAUUACUAGAAAUAUUUGACGAAGGCCACCAGUUCGCGGAGCGAUUUGACGAGCAGUUAGGUCAGACGACGCAGGUUGGAGAUGCUCUUGGUGAAAUGAGCGACCCCUUCAGUCAGCGCAACAUCCGUUCUAAAAUCCAGGCCUUUGAGGGCCAGAAUGGAACAGAGGGAGGAAAUGAGUCGGCCAGACCAAACCCAUUGGCCAGGAGGGCUACCACCAAACCCCCAGUUGCGGCCAAGCCUUCACUGCCUUUUAGAAGUAUGGAUGACAGUCAAAACAUACCAGCAACUCCAAACCCGAAACCAGCCCCCAAAGCUAUGCCUCUUAGAAAACCAGUGGGAAUGUCUGUGAGGGAACAGCUGGAGGCUUUGCACAGCAAUGGCAGCAUCCAACAGCAACCCAUCUACGCUUUGCCGGCGAGAGCUAGUAGGCAUGAGGAGGAACCAUCACCAACUCCACCUGUACCUCCAGUGAAGCCUUUCAAGCAACCCCUCAAACCCAACCUGAAUAUAAACAACCACAACUCAGUCUCUAUGAGCAGAGAGAGUGACCUCGUUGACGGUACAUCAAAUAAUGUCCACAUGAAAUCUCAAUACAAUGUGGACAUCAAUGGAAGUUUUCUACCCAGACAAAGUACAACAAGGAGACCAACUACCAUUAGAGUCCCCAGCAAAAUGCCGUCAAUAUCCGAUAACAUUCAGGACGAUCCUCCUCCUGCUCUCCCUUUUCGGAAGCCAAUAGGCUCUUCAAACAUUCUACAGGACUACACCAAACCGGCUGUGUCCUCGCAGUGUUCUAUGGGGCCGGGACCGACCCUACCCCCUCGGAAACCCAGCAUGAACAAACCACUCCCACCACGUCCUCCUUCAGGCAAAGUAGGCCCUGGAAGACCUCCGCCCCCUAAGUUUGGUGCAACCAAUCGUGCUCCAUCGAUAUCACUGCAACCCCCGCCCAAACACCAGGAAAUAAAGCCCAACAAAACAGAGAUGGUCUUACCACCAAGGCCCAGGCCAGGCCACUGUCUGUACAAUAAAUAUAUACUUGAACUCCCACAUGCGAUCGCAGCUCUGGACUACGAUGGGUGUAACAUCGGGGAGCUUUCGUUUGAGAAAGAUGAAGUGCUUCUGUUACUAGAAAAAGUCAACAACAAUGAAUAUCUGUGCCAAGCUGGAGAGGUCAUAGGCAGAGUCCACAAGUCUAAUUUGAAAAUUAUAACUCCUCUGGAAUCUUACUCUUCUCCAGUAUAUGAUGACGUCCCAGCUGCUUCUGGUGGAGAUUUAUGUGGGCUUACAGUAAAAGCUAUCUACGACUUCCAGCCGCAGAAUCCAGAAGAGCUGAGUCUCAGAGCAGGAGAUGUUGUGACAGGGGUGGAGCAGGCCGACGAUCAGUGGUACAGAGGCACAUGCAGAGGAUCCACAGGUUUCUUUCCAAUUAAUUAUGCUGAAGUUCUGUCAAAUUCACCUGUCCCUGAAAAGAAAGAGAAGCCUUCGCUUGCAUCAAUCAGUGGUCCGAGGUGCGUGGCGAGGUUCGACUUUGAGGGGGAGCACAGCGAUGAGCUGACCUUCUUUGAGGGGGAUGUGAUCCAGCUACAGAAGUAUGUGGGGGAGGAGUGGGCGCAAGGGCAGAUCGGCGCCUCGAUCGGCAUUUUCCCUUUGAACUUUGUGGAGGUCGUUGAAGAUCUGCCGCCGCCUCCAACCCAGCAGUUGAACCAAAUGUUUGUUCCAGGUAUUUCUGCUGCUGCUGCCGCCGCCGCCGCCCCUCCCAACAUACAAGCUGAGCCUGCCAAACCUGCUAAGACUUCCAAACCUAACGAAUGGGCAGUGGCCUUGCAUGAUUAUGCAGCAAAGACUUCCAGCGACCUGUCGUUUCGCCAAGGUGACCGCAUCCUCAUGACCAAGCACUUGGAUGAAAAGUGGAGUUGUGGCAAACUGAAUGGCAGAGAGGGCAUGUUCCCCCGGAUUUAUGUUCAGACCGUAAUAGAAGAACAGCCCACUAUUGACCUGAGAAGUAAAGCUGCUGGUGGAAUGAGAGCAAGAGCUUUAUAUGACUUUAGAUCAGACUGUGAUGAAGAACUCUCAAUUCAGUUUGGUGAUAUCUUGACCAACGUGGAGUCUGUUGAUGAAGAAUGGUUUCUGGCAGACUUGAGAGGAAAAAGAGCUCUGGUCCCUAAAAACUAUGUCCAAGUGUUACAAUGAGGCCAAACACUGCAAAGAUGUGGGGCUGAGUUGAUGGAACAUCUUUAAACUGCUGUCUAUUAAAUGUUUUGUAAUCCUAAGCAGUUAAACCUUUUCCAACAGUAAUGCAUUUUAAUGGUUUAAGUUAUGUGAAUUAAAAAUAAAAUGUUUACAAAUGA